CGUUUAUGGAAAUAUAGAACAAAGUAAAAAAGAUAUUGUCGGCAUUUUUAAUGCAUUGCUUAAUUGCAAAACAAUGGUUAAAUUUUGUUGCAUGGGCAAAUUAGUUCUUUGAAUUCAGUGGAAAGUGAACUUCCUAAUAAAUAAAAAUGAAGGUAAUUUUUUGUCUACUGUUUGUGGCUCUAUUCUCUUUCACCACUGCCUCAAAGGACCGUAAAAAUCACCAUGAAAAAGAAUCACCAAUACCUUGCACAUGCGGGGUAUUUUUGACCGGACAGUUUAAAAAAGGGUCCAAGGAUCAGCCCAAAGGUUCACCAGUUCUAACGCAGGAAAUGGACAACUCUUUCAUGAAUAAUUCCGUGGGUACUAGACAGUGCACAAAUAAAUGCUUGGAAGUGAUUAUCAAACACCUUCCAAAAAGCAGCGAAAUAAUCUGUGCAACUGUGGACAGAGAUGUGCACAAGGAAAAAGCCUUUUUAUUCAUAAAAAACCACAGUGACAAGUGGCAUGCCACCCACUUAUCAGCUGGAAGAGAAUUUUGCUGUAAGGAUAAUGAACCUGUAAAAUGCCACAUGUAAAAAAAUAAAUCUUAAAAAAAAA